ACUCGACUUUGGACGCACGCGCGCACGGACACACGCAACGCAACGCGGCCGCGCAGCCUAGCGCGCGAGCUGACCGCUCGACUUUGGGGCCGUUUUUCCGCGCGGUGGUUUUAAUUUUGGAGCACGGUGGAGGAGGAGGAGGUGAGGGGGAGGCGGACGUUGAUGCCAAAAUAGACAGAGGAGGACCCGCGUGUGUAGCCCGAUCCCGCUUUGUCGCGCGCGCCCCGUGCUCGGCAGCAUGAGUGUGCGCGCGGCGCCGCUGCUCCCCGUGCUCCUGCUGCUGCUCCUCGGGCUGACGGCAGGCUGGGCGCGCGGCGCUCCACUCGUGAGCGCGCAGCGGCGCUGGGAGACCCUCUACUCGCGCUCGGUGGCGCGCGUGCCGGGCGAGAAGCGCGAUGCGGCCCGGGACAGCGAGUACCUGACCGGAAUCAAGCGCCUGCGCCGCCUUUACUGCAACGUGGGCAUCGGCUUCCACCUGCAAGUGCUGCCGGACGGCACCAUCACCGGCGUGCACAACGAGAACAGAUACAGUCUUCUGGAGAUAUCUCCGGUGGAGAGGGGAGUUGUGACACUGUUCGGCGUCCGGAGCGAGCUAUUCGUGGCCAUGAACAGCAAGGGGAAGCUCUAUGGAUCUGUGCAGUUCACCAAUGAAUGCAAGUUCAGAGAAAAACUCCUGGCCAACAACUACAAUGCAUACGAAUCCGUGGCAUACCCAGGCAUGUACAUCGGACUGAGCAAGACCGGUCGGACGAAAAAAGGAAACCGGGUGUCGACGGCUAUGACGGUGACACAUUUCUUGCCAAGGAUCUGAAGGAGCACGGACAGGCCCAGCAGCGAAGCCUGGGACGAUGCACUUUCUACAGAGCUUACCCAUGAGGUUAAGUGUGUCGUAUUCUCAUAUGUGUAUAUCAGACUAUUUAUAAUUGUUCUUUUUUUUUGUAUUUCCUGUAAAACUGCCUCUUUCUAAGUGUGAAGAACACAUUUAAUUUAUUUGGUUAUUUGUUUAUUUAAUCCUUCCUGCUGCUACCAAGUGUUUCAUACGUGAAAUUCCUACAAUGUACAUGAUGUUUUCUUUUGUUUGUUUGGUAGUUUGUUUUUGCACUGUUGUUUUUUUUUUCAUUGUUCCUGGGCAAAUGGAAUUGUAAGUCUUAGUCGAAGUGUGUAGCUCGUGAAAUCGUAACGACCCCAAUGGUAUUGCGCACUGGAGCGAUUGUGUAGCGUGCGGCCUCCUUUGUGUGCCGCUGGGCUCCGACUGAAGCAGUAUCGCUUUACUCUCGUUGAAGUCCUACCCCUCAAAUCUGUUUUUAGCUCUGCUGGGUGGGGGGCGGGGGGAGAGUUGAACUCUGAACUUAUCUGUAGUCGAUCUUUGUCAGAUCUGUAAAGCUCUGGACCGAGGUAGGGCAUCUUCUUGGCAUUAUUCAAGCGAAGAGUUUGCAAUCAUAAAGGCAUUAAGACACGCUUACACCAUAUCCAGAUUUACAGUAAGGGGCCCGGUGUUGAAUUACCUCCUGAAGUGUUUAUUUAAGUCAAAAUGGACACAAAUGAAGACUGUCAGAGCAAAUUCAAACACGGGCAACUCUACUGUGAAUUUGAGCAAAUAUUUCAGGCCUUUUAAGAACACGUCCUAUGAUGUGAAGUUCGAGUCAAUCUUCUCUAUGGUACGUGGGUCCCUAUAGGUGUUUGGGGAAACCUUGCAUGUCAGACAUCAGUAUUUGUAUGUAUUGGUAAGGGAAGAAAGGGCCAGAGUAUAGAAGAGCGGCCUGUGGAAUUUAUUUUAGGCUAUUGACACUUUUUUUUUUUUACAAGUUCAAAGGCGGUAUGUGGUACUGAUCAAAAGUCUUAGGCCAUGGGAGAAAACUAUAUUUAAAGCUAUUUAUUCUGGCAGUAAGUGCUUAUUUGCUGGUAUAAAAUAAGACUAACAUUAGAAUACAUAGUUAGCUUAACCAUUUCCAAACCUCUCCUUAAGGAAGUCCAAUAUUUGGAGUUACUAUCCAAUGCCUGCUAAUCAAGCUAAUCAAGGCUUCACUAAACUGUGUCAUUAAGUAAAAUCAGGUAUUCUGAUGGUGGAACUAAACAAAUCUAUUUAAUGGUUAGAGCCACAUUGAGAAAAACUAGAACCAAACAUGCAUUCUAACCACUUACAAUGACUUAAAACUAGACAUUCUUGGUACAUUUUGUAUUGUAAUUAUUUUAUUUACAAGCAAAACACACUUCCUGCCAAGAUAUCUAAUUUUAACCAGUUUUCUUAGUUGGUCUAAGAAUUUUCCCCAGUACCAUAUCUCCCUUUUAGUCGUUCUCUACCUCAUAAUGUUGUCGACAGACAGUCUCCUAUUCUCAGUCUUGCUGACGGCGAAUGUCUUUCCGUUGCUUGCCCUCAUGCAGCAGGCUUGCUGCGCGCCCUAGUUGCGCCUUGUCACGUUUGAGCUAUCUUUACCCUGUGAUUUACUUUUAGAAAGGAUAAUCAUGGUGGAAAUAUUUGAAGACAGCUGUUAGACUGCACUAUAUGCUCAACCAGUAACCCUAUAUUUUUCCUUUAUAUAUUUUGUAAAUAUAAUACAGUGUGAUAAGCGAAAUGCCGAGAAGCUGCUUUUGAGCCUGGUGUUUCACUUUGGUAAACAGGAGGCAAUGGUAGGCUUACUUCUACAGGGGAAGUCCAUUUCGAACUGUUUUCUAACUGACUGAGAGAUAUGAUCUCAAACGAAGCAUUCCUUGUUGUUAUUGUUUGUUACAGGUACACAUUUGGAAUUUAACACUGAAAUUAUUUGAAAAAUGUCCUUUUAUUCGGUCAAGCCAUAUAAUAUACAGUGACGGUGGACAGGUGGAUGGAUGAAUGGUCAGGAGUGAUGGAAGUCCCAUAAGAAACCAUGAUUAUGCUAGACCCAAGACCAAAGGUCAAUCUUAGAAAUCAGUGCAGCAAAGCCAUAUCUCGGGAAUGAUGUACAGUACUGUACAAUACAAUAUUGUUAUUCUUCCAUAUUGCCAGUACUGGACUAGUAAUGUUGUUGAUCUAAUUCGAUUCACCUAAGAUGAUCUGAUUACUUCUCCCUUUCGUGUACCAAACCUCGUUCCAAAUGAAAUGGAGACUGUUUUGCAUCAGCAUGGAUGUCGUUUACAAUUGGCUGUAUGGUCACUGAAGGCAAAUGGCUUCUCUGACCCUCAUCACAACGUGGAACUGACAUGGAUCACUGGACAGGAUUUGCCUAACCAAAAUGUGCAGUAUCAACAAGCGUGACCGUGUGGUCUGAUGGUAGAGAGAUUAAAGCAAACACAAAUCCAUCAUCGUCUAUCCAAUCUGCCACUUGUAAGUAGCAAAGUCUCUGUCCAUUUUAGGAGUUGUACUUCGAACUAUG